AAGUCUAGAUAGGAAGUGGUAUGUCUUACUCGGGUUACCUUGCCCAUAGUGAGCGUAGUUUAUAAUAUUGCAGCGAAAAUCUAGGUAACGUACGGUACAUAGCCUUGUACAUUUAGUGAGGAAGGAUGGGUUGCUCAUAUUUAACACCCAAACGAAGGAAAUGAUGAAAAAGCUGGAAAUGCACGAGCUUAAUAUUUGCUUACUCUAUAAAAACGCGGAUAAUCAACGGUACCUCGCUCGCGCUCCUCUGGAAACAAAGCGACACUGACCAAAUGCGGAUUUCAAUUUAUUCACGGCUUCGGCUGUGUAGGUGGGGGCUUCGCUGGCUGUCUCACUGUUGACAAAAUACACAGCGACCGGACUGCGUUUUGUCUAAGUAUCACCGGCGUUUUUAGUAGAACAAUAGUUUUACACCCUGACUACAACGAGGAGGAGAAAGCAUUUCGGGUGGCGAGAUGCGCUGCUGGGAAGACUUCGCCCGUCCCUGAGCUCCAGCAUGGGAGAACGAAGCAGGGUCUUGCAGCCAUAAGGAUGGCGCCACGUCAUGCUGAGCUGUGAAUACCUGAAUCUACAGCAUGAUGAGUGUGAGCUGACCAAGCAGUAACGAUGCCUGUUAACCCUGGGGAAGAAUGGUUCACUCCACUACUGUUGCCCUUCCGGAGGCAGGAGACAUUGACACCAGUCUCUGCUGUCUCGUUAUGGGGCCACUGAACCUUUCUGAGAGGCUGCAGAUGGAGAACACCUCCAUUGCAAACACUACCCUGGGCUCCUCGUCGCCCCCAAAGCUGGUCACGCCAACGGCAGAGAUCCCGGAGGGACUACAGGGUGUCAGCCUACCUCUGCAGAUCUUCUUUUGCUUUGUCAUGGUUGUCAUCUUGCUGGUGGCCCUCUUGGGAAAUGUGGUGGUGUGCCUGAUGGUGUACCAGAGAUCUGCCAUGCGCUCUGCCAUCAACAUCCUCCUAGCAAGCUUGGCGUUUGCAGACAUGAUGCUGGCCAUCCUGAACAUGCCCUUUGCUCUGGUUACUGUUUUGACCACCAAAUGGAUUUUUGGAGACGUUUUCUGUCGAGUGUCAGCCAUGCUCUUUUGGUUCUUUGUAAUGGAAGGUGUGGCCAUACUGCUUAUAAUAAGCAUAGAUCGUUUUCUUAUUAUUGUCCAGAAGCAAGAUAAGCUGAGUCCACAGAGAGCUAAACUACUUAUAGUGGUCACAUGGGGACUCUCUUUUAUUUUCUCUUUCCCCCUGGCUGUUGGUUCCCCUCCCCUACAGACCCCUCCCAGGGCCCCUCAGUGUGUAUUUGGCUACAGCAUUGAUCCUGGUUAUCAGGCUUAUGUUUUAAUGCUAAUGAUAGUCGUCUUCUUCAUGCCCUUCAUGGUAAUGCUGUACACAUUCAUGGGGAUCCUUAACACCAUUCGCCACAAUGCCAUACGCAUCCAUAGUCACACAGACAUUAUCUGUCUGAGCCAGGCCAGCAAACUGGGCCUGCUGAGCCUCCAGAGGCCCUUCCAAAUGAACAUAGACAUGAGCUUCAAGACCCGUGCCUUCACCACCAUUCUCAUCCUCUUCUCUGUGUUUACAGUGUGUUGGGCACCCUUUACUGCCUACAGUUUAGUAGCAACCUUUAACGAUGGGUUCUACAAUAAAGACAGCUUUUUUCAAAUCAGCACAUGGGUCCUGUGGUUGUGCUACCUCAAGUCAGCCCUCAACCCUCUUAUUUACUAUUGGCGGAUCAAGAAGUUCCGCGAUGCCUGCCUUGAUUUGAUGCCCAAGUACUUUCUUCCUCAACUGCCAGGCAACACAAAGAGGCGCAUACAGCCAAGUGCAGUAUAUGUGUGUGGAGAGCAUCGUUCUGUGGUUUAGGGGAAAAAUCUAACCACUGUUAAGAAUACAUUUAUAUACAUAAUGUACUUUACAGUUGAGAGCCUAUUUUGUUGUUUGGUGGUAAACGUCCGAUAGCUGAUUGAAAGUAGCACUGUAUUUAAAAAGUCAAGCGUUGAUGUGGGUGUGUUGCUACAGGGACCAGUAUGAAGAUGAAAUAUUACCAGAAAGUCAAGUUUGAAUCAGACAUUAAUGAAUUUUAAAGUUUAUCAAAUGCCAAAAUACUGGAUAGGGGUUUAUAACCCAGAAGUUAUAACUUUGAAAUAGGGCUGGGUAUUCAAAACUCUUCUGUACUAGUUCUAAUAAAAUAUCUGCGCUUCUCUGUUGAUACCAAAGCAAUGCUUUUUGAUUUCUUAUUGAGGAAUAUACAUUAUUUUUCUACAAAAAUAUAUUUUCAUUAAAAAAAAGCCAAAAUGUUGAUAGCUUUUACCAUCUAGGCUACACGAGGAGCGAGCGAUCUGUCUGUGAUCAAAUAUUCUAAACUCAAGUUAACUUGCUGUCUUUUUUUUUUUUUCCCCCAUGCCCACUUUCAGUGAAUGUAAAUUGCUCAGGUGUUAUUAUGUGACCUAAGGAUGGACCUUAUAUCACAUGAUAAGUGGCUGUACAGUAUAUACAGCCUGUCUCUGUUGAGGCUUUGGGAUAUGGUUGAAAGGUCUUGAAAUAGCUAGUAGGCUAACUUUGAGGCUAGAAUAUUUAAUCACAGAUAUGUUCUCUGUGUUCACAGUACUAUUUGAUCAAAGAAUAAGUAAACAACUGUAAUCUGACCAGACAUUUUGACAACACUGCUAUAGACAUAAUAUAGUUGGUAUUGGGGU